AUUCGCACUCUCCACCAUUGAAGGUGGAACUUAACUUUUCUCUUCCCCGAGGAGACAUCUGAACAACUGGGAAUAUAUAUUCUGUCUCAAACAUCUAAGGUGUUCGAAAAUCAUGUCAGCCUCGGCGGCGAAAGUCGGUAGAAAGGAAAACUCGAAUCAUGAUGGAGCGGACGAGACCUCCGAAAAAGAGCAACAGGAAGCUAUUGAACACAUUGACGAAGUACAGAAUGAAAUUGACAGAUUGAACGAACAGGCCAGUGAGGAGAUUUUAAAAGUAGAGCAGAAGUACAAUAAAUUACGCCAGCCAUUCUUCCAGAAGCGGUCAGAACUCAUAGCAAAAAUCCCCAACUUCUGGGUCACAACAUUUGUUAACCAUCCACAAGUUUCAGCCCUUCUUGGUGAGGAGGAUGAGGAGGCACUUCAUUACCUUACCAGGGUGGAGGUGACUGAGUUUGAGGACAUCAAGUCGGGUUACAGAAUAGAUUUUUACUUCGAUGAGAACCCGUACUUUGAGAACAAAAUUCUCUCCAAAGAGUUUCACUUGAAUGAAAGUGGGGACCCAUCUUCAAAGUCAACUGAAAUCAAAUGGAAGGCUGGAAAGGACUUGACAAAGCGUGCCAGCCAAACGCCAAACAAAGCGGGUAAGAAGAGGCAACACGAAGAACCAGAGAGCUUCUUUACCUGGUUCACAGAUCACUCCGACGCAGGGGCAGACGAACUAGGAGAGGUCGUCAAGGAUGACAUCUGGCCCAACCCGUUACAGUAUUACCUGGUCCCUGACAUGGAUGAUGAGGAAGGGGAAGGUGAUGACGAUGAUGACGACGAAGAGGGCUUGGAAGACAUCGAUGAGGAAGGAGAUGAGGAUGAAGGCGAAGAAGAUGACGAAGAGGAUGGAGAGGAUGACGGCGAGGAUGAUUAAGGUUGAAAGGAACAUUCCAACCUACACCUUUCCCUGUUCUUUCCUUUCAAUCAUCCUUCAACCCUUGGGAGCAAGAAUAUUUGUUUUCAUUUUAUUUUUGUAUUUUGUGCUCUCUCCUGUUCUACAAGUGUCCGCCUGUCCAUACCAUGUCUAUAGAUGCGUUAAUUUCCAGGCCAUGCCCACAUCAGUGGCAAUCUCUGUCAUAAAACUACUACACGUGUCUCCGAAGACCAAUAAAAUAAAAGUACUGGCAUUCUGCACGUCGUCAUAUAGACAAAUUAAUUUCGAAUAGCAAUUUAUAUAUAUGUAUGAUAUAUAUAUAAUAAGGUUUCUGUUAAAGUUGUGAGUUGAGUAAAGAGGAGUCAUGGUGCAGUGAUAAUAGCAUCUCUAGACACUUUUUAAAUAUAUAUAUACAUUUUCUUUAACGCAGCGUUUGGGGGGCCUCCUGGAGUUGACGGCUUUUUUUCUUCGUCAUGUGUUGUACUAAUGGAAAGCAUCAGCUUCUUCCUGUCAACUGUUGUAAAUGUUUUGGGGUCGAUAUCUUGGUAUGACACAGUUAUUGUAGACAGUUAAAUGGGGUUUGGUGGGUCGAGUGGGCAUUUGACACAUUUGGGUUUGUUGAUUGACUUUUCAUUGUAAUGUUUUACAGACACCCAUGAGGUUUGAAAAAUUAAAUUUUU